AUGACUAAUCUAUUGAAAGUGUUGAUCAAUAAAAAGUCAUUGAAUGUAUUGACGUAUAUAUUGUUAUUAUUGCUAAUUUGGAGUACAAUGUGGUCAUUAUUUGGCAAAGAAGCACUUCCACCGAAUGGCUAUCUCUUUAAUUUAAUACUAAUAUUUGUUUUAUCCUAUAUUUUUGGCCAAAUAUUUAGCAUAAUUCAUAUGCCGACCCUCUUAGGAAUGCUUAUAACGGGUUUCCUAAUCUCUAACACUUAUGAUAUCAACUUAAACAAGAGGUUGUCUUCGACAUUGCGAUCCAUAGCACUCGUCAUAAUCUUAUUGAGAGCUGGCCUUCAAUUAGAUCCAAAAGCAAUCGUCAAAUUAAGUGCUGUAUGUUUUCGUCUAUCAUUCACCCCGUGUCUCGUCGAAGCCAUUACUGUAGCACUGGUUUCAAAACUUUUAUUAGAUUUUACUUUUGUUUGGGGAUUAUUGUUGGGGUUUGUAUUGGCAGCCGUGUCGCCAGCUGUAGUGGUUCCCGGUAUGAUAUCACUACAGGAAAAAGGUUACGGAGUAGACAAAGGAGUGCCAACUCUGGUGAUCGCCGCCGCCAGUGUUGACGAUGUAUUAGCCAUCACUGGUUUCGGGCUUUGCUUGGGUUUAGUGUUUGACACUAACUCAUCAUUGGUCUGGAGUGUAAUGAAGGGACCGGUAGAAGCAAUAAUUGGUAUUACAUACGGAAUAAUUAUGGGAUUUAUUUUAUGGUAUAUACCAGUUAAAGAAGAUUCAAAGUCAUUACGAAUAUCAUUACUAUUACUUUGUGGUGUAUUUGCACUCUUCGGAAGUAUAUCUAUGGAUUUAGGAGGUGCUGGACCUCUGGCCUGUCUUGUCGUGUCGUUUGUGGCGGCAAUCAAAUGGCGUCAAAGUGACACAACAAAUGAAGACAUGGAAUCAAUUCUUAAAGUAUUUUGGCUCAUAUUUCAGCCAUUUUUGUUUGCUUUAAUCGGUACUGAAGUCAGUUUGUCUGCUAUGAAAUCCGAUGCUAUCGGUUGGGCUCUCAUUACUUUAGCUAUAGGACUGACUACUAGAACAGUGACCGCAAUGUUAGUUGUGUUUAGUUGUGAUUUGACACUAAAAGAGCGUCUAUUUAUUGGUUUUUCAUGGCUACCGAAAGCCACGGUUCAGGCAGCUAUUGGACCAAUUGCUUUAGAUAUGGCCCGAGACAAAGCUGACCAGUCAUCGAUAGAAACGGCAAAUCUAGUGCUGACAAUAGCUGUACUAUCAAUACUUAUUACAGCACCUGUAGGUGCUAUUGCUAUUGCAUUUUUGGGUCCAAAGUGUUUAAAUAAAAAUACUAAAACUGAUUUGACAUUAGAGUUAAAUGACAAGAAAAAUGAUGAGACAAAUCAAGAAGUGUCUGAAAUAAUGAUUACUAGUUAA